GUACCCAGCCAGACGCUGCGAAGGCGACAAGUCGGACCCCUAUUCGCCAAACCCGGGGUAGCGAGGCACCUAUACGUGUCUGUAAGCACCGAGCAUAGGAGGUACCUGACCUAGCGUGUUUACGCGCCUUAGGUACCGUAGGUACCUCCAAGUAGAGAGCACAAUAUACCCGUGUGGAUGGUAAUAUACAUGGCCUUACCUUACCUUGGGUUAUCUAGGUACAUACAAUAUUCGGCGUUAGGUACCCAGCUAACAGCGGUGGCCCACUUUAACUUUUAUGAAGAUAACCCCAGGAAGAAGACGAAGAGAAAAAAAAAAAAAAGGGUGAGCUGCGUCCGUCGACCGUAAGCUCCAGAGCACGCUCCUCCCGAAAAUUGUUGGCCAAUUCUUCUCCAGUCGUCAAAUCCCUCCGACCCUCCCGCUCUUCCUAUACUUAGGGACACCUGUCCGUUCCUCUGUCCGUCCCGUCCCCCCCUCUCCAUCGUCUCUCUACUCGCUUCCCGCCCUCCCGUCACCGCUGCCUGCCUCUUCCUCUCUCUCUCUCUCUCUCUCUCUCCUUCUCCCUCGGCAAGCUCACCCACCCUCAGACAUCGAACAAUGGCGCCCAAGACCCGCGGCGGCGCCUCGCCGAAGUCGCGGACCAGCCGCCUGACCCAGGUGCUCGUCGCCGUCGGCAUCCUCGUCGGCCUGCUCGCCCCUGUCGUCUACCUCCUCGAGCAGAACCUCGAGAGCUUCUACAUCUUCUCCAUCGAGGAGCUGCACGACGUGUCCAAGCGCGCCGUCGCCGCCCACGGCAACGACACCGCCGCCAUGGUCAACUACAUCGUCGCCGAGCUGGACAAGAACCACCCCUCCCACGUCAACGCCCGCUGGGACGACCGUAGCGAGUGGUUCUUCAACAACGCCGGCGGCGCCAUGGGCGGAAUGUACAUCAUCCACGCCAGCAUCACCGAGUACCUCAUCAUCUUCGGCACGGCGGUCGGCACGGAGGGCCACUCGGGCCGCCACACGGCCGACGACUACUUCUACAUCCUGACCGGCGAGGAGUGGGCCUACGUACCCGGUGAAUUCCGCCCCGAGGUCUACACCCCCGGCACCGUCCACCACCUCCCCCGCGGCGCCGUCAAGCAGUACCGCAUGCCCGAUAAGUGCUUCGCCUUAGAGUACGCCCGCGGCUGGAUUCCCCCCAUGCUCUUCUUCGGCUUCGCCGAUGGUUUCUUCUCUACUCUCGACUUCCCCACCCUCUGGCGCACCACCUACCACACCGCCCGCGAGAUGGGCGCCAACCUCUUGGUCGGCAAGUUCUAAAGGGCGGAAAUCCCGGAAACGAGAAGGGGGGGAACAAGUCUACUUUGCAAUCUCGAUAUUGUAUAAUCUAAUCCGGGGUCACACCGCUCUGCUGUUUCGCCCUCUCGUCAGUGUAACCCAUCGCAUGCGCCGGGGGGGAUAGAGAAAUCGGCAAAGUGGGCUCGUCGCAGAAGAGAGCAGGAGUAUCGGAUCGAGAAUAGAGAAGCUGGACAUUUCAGUCUCGAGCUAUUUCGGGUUUUCCCCGUCGCGGGAGGCGUCCAGUUGGAAAGUCCUACUAGAUAUUAUCGGCCAAGCUAUGUUUCAUUGAGCGCGCCUCGGGAGGGUCAUAUAGAGAGAACGCAUACCUCGCUGUCUACGUAAUGAUAAUGGAAUGAACCCCGUACCUUGAACCCCGAAGCUUUCGCGAUGCUCUGAUAUGAACGAAGUACUAAGAAAAAAUGGAUUUCUCGAAGAGGUAGAACGCGCCGCUUAGCUUAGCUUCCCAUCGUUGUUAUUUAUAAAAUAUGUGGCGAAGCGUUUCCGAUGACAGAAACCUCGACGCGAUACGUCCGCAGAAUCAAAGUGUAUAUGAUAUAAUGCAGUCCCCAUCUCAUCCCAUCCCAUCC